AUGAUGCCAGUACAGAAUACUCGAUCGUACAGGACCACAUAUGGCUUUGACGAUAUGAGCGAUUCAAAUGAUCCGAAUGACGAGACGUACCUCGCCUCACACACCGCUGACGAGCGCACACUUGCGUGGGCCUACCAAUCAGACUCAUUGCCAUCAGAAGAGAUCGCUGCCUACAUCUGGCCGCCUUCAGUCUAUGAAGCAGCACAGAAUGUCCACCUAGCGUCUCUGCCACCAAGGUAUCCUCACCUUCGUAUCGAUCAUCGCACGGUGUCUGUAGGAGGGUCCUGGCAGCCAUCGCCUGCGGCAACCUCCUGUUAUUCAGACCGGAGGCGGUAUCUCGAGCAGCAGCAGGUGAACAGCAUGAACAUACCGGACGGCAGAUAUCUUUCAACAUGGAACUCUGCGGAUUUGGAUCCAGACUCAACGACAGGGAACCUAACACCUCCAGCUUCCGAUACGGCCAACGAUAAGGAGGAUAAUAGCUCAAACAUAGCCAACGACAAGUCGAGUCUGCACUGUUCUGUCUGCGUGGAUAAGCCGCCAUUCACUGGUCAAUACGCACAGAGAAACCUGAAUCGUCAUAUGGCCAGACACGAACCCUGCCUGGGACAGAGAAGCAACAGACAUAUCCGUUGCGAGCAACCAGGAUGCACAUCGACAUUUGGGCGUGAAGACGCACUGCUCGUCCACCUCCGGCGAAGCCAUCCGGAGCUGAAUACCCCACCAGCAAAGAAGCGGAAAAGGUGA